CUCAGAAUUAAAAAACGGGACUUUGUAAGUCCUAGGUCCUAUGUGACAUUUAAUGUGCAACAUGUGGGUCAGUGGGGGAAGAUGGCAGUCCUUAGCGGAGCCACAAACUCGAUACACGACAUUCUGUUGAUGAGAAUCCAUGGGAGUUGGAUUAAACCGGUCUGUAUCCCGGAAAUUGUUUAGGAUUUGAGGUAAACGCUGCCGGGAGAUGCUGUCGCCGCAAGAGAAAACAAGCGUAGAACCAGAAAAAUAAAAUCACAGAAUCGAGGCCUAUCGUGACAGUUAGCUGGUGAUAGAAUGGAUGAAGUCUGCAAUGGUCAUCCCUACAUGUCAGGCCUGUGUGGUGUGUCUGUGUGUGUGGACUGCAGGCAGUGGAGACUCUUCGAGGGAGUUUUCAGGGGCCGUGGGAGGCCGCACAGUGAGCACCCCCAACAGCCAGCACACUUCCCCCAGCCGUUCUCUUAGUGCUAACUCCAUCAAAGUGGAACUGUACAGUGAUGAGGAGGUAGGCCGUGGCACAGUACCAGAGGAUGAGAAAGGGGACAUGGUGGAGGAGGGGGAUUCUGAGCAGGGAGGAGAGGCAGGAGGUGGCUACAGGGAGCUGGCCAGUCCGGAGCCCAUGUCACCAGGAGGUGCCACCCGGCUGCCCAAUGGGAAACUCAAGUGUGACGUCUGUGGGAUGAUCUGCAUUGGGCCCAAUGUCCUCAUGGUGCACAAACGCAGCCACACAGGUGAGCGGCCAUUCCAGUGCAAUCAGUGUGGGGCCUCCUUUACACAGAAGGGGAACCUGCUGCGUCACAUUAAGCUGCACUCAGGGGAGAAGCCCUUUAAAUGUCCCUUCUGCAGCUAUGCAUGCCGCAGACGGGACGCUCUCACCGGCCACGUCCGCACUCACUCGGUGUCGUCUCCCACAGUGGGAAAGCCCUAUAAGUGCAGUUACUGUGGACGCAGCUACAAGCAGCAGAGCACCCUGGAAGAGCACCGCGAAUGCUGCCACAGCUACCUGCAGAGCCUGGAGACACAGAAGCCAGCCAGUGCUCACACUCAAGUAGAGGAGCUGAGGGACCUGGAGUUCAUGCCUGACAACCUGCUACAACCUUCCUCAGACAAGAUUACGUUCAUCGAUCGGCUGGCCAACAGCAUCACCAAACGCAAGAGAUUCACACCACAGAAAUUUGUAGGACAGAAGCACAUGCGCCACAGUCUAGCUGACACGCCUUUCGAGCUCAGCGCCGCCUUUGACAAGGACGGGGAGAAACACCACGGUCUGGACCAGCCACACUACACCGUCCUGGAAGGAGGCUACCUGGGGGUGCCAGGAGCUGGUGGAUCUGAAGGCCUCCAACCCCUAUGGAUGCCACCCCCUCACCCCUCCUGCCUGUCAGAGCUCCGGCCAGUCAUCACCUCGGCUCACACCCCCAUGGCGCCGCUGGGGCCGAGGCUGGACUGCAUGGGGGCCGGGGCUGGCCUAGGGUCCACAGGAGUGGGGGGCAGGGAGGCUGCAGAGGGUCACGAGGACCUACCACUUGGCCGCAGCCACGCCCCUUCGCCUAGCAACGUUUGCCAGGACUCCACAGACAAUGAGAGCAUGCCGGAUGAAGUGUUAAGCAAUGUGGCGCCUGCCAUGCCUCUCCACAACAACAAUCACCACCUCCACUCCAACCACCACCCACCCCCUCCGCCCCUACUGCACCACAGGGGUAGGGACAGACACAGCCCAAGCCACGCCAGGGAGAGGGAAGAGGAUGGCAACUCUGCCACCCCCCCAGCCCCAGGCUCCCCCACCUCCAGGGAGGUGUUUCGAGUGGUGGACGGAGAGGGGCACGUGUUGCGCUCCUUCCGCUGUGAGCACUGCCGCGUGCUCUUCCUGGACCACGUCAUGUUCACCAUCCACAUGGGCUGCCACGGCUUCCGCCAGCCCUUUGAGUGCAACAUCUGUGGCCAUCGCAGCCAGGACCGCUACGAGUUCUCCUCGCACAUUGUCCGCGGGGAGCACCUGCUAGGCUGAGGGAUGGCUGGGCAAGGCCUCUGUACUUAGGUUUUGUUUGUUUUUUUACUCUGAGAGAAGGGCCUGCUUGGGUUUGGUCUGCAUCACAAUAAGGGGUAGGGGUAGUACUAAACUGCUUUUAGUAAAUUAUUUGUGCAAAGGCGUUGAUACUGUUACCACAUAAACCUUGACUUCAAAUAAGCACAUUAGGUCAAUUGCAUCACUUUUAAAAAAGGAAAGAGAAUCCUCACCACUCUGAAUGCACUUUUCAAAAUGCAUGAAUUCUUAAUGAGAAAAUGCACUUUCAAAUAGAUUUUAUUCUGAAGUAAAGGGAGUGAAUGCACUUUUUUUUCUCUCAAAGUGCCUUUCUCUGCUGUGGUCUACCUUUCCUCUCUUAUCCCGGUAAAAACGGGGUGCACAAAACAGCGAUGCUACCAUCUAGACAAUGUGAUUUAUAUGUGACAUUUUGAGUUGUUUCGUCGACUGCACUGUAAUCAAUAUUUUAACCAAGAUAAAAACAAGAACAGUCAGGCUUCCUUGGAAUUUAUCAAAGCUCUAUUUGAAAAGCACUUAACAGAUCUAUUCCAUUCCGUAACACACCUAGUCCCUGGGGGUGUGGCAGACAGUGUUGUUUAAGAUUGUGUGUAGAUGGUAUAUAUAUUACUGUUGGUCAUUUAUUUUAAUGAGUUGCGGUGCAGACUGGACCCAGGAUCCCAAGUUAAAUGUUCAGAAGAGAUUUGAGGGGUUGGCCUCAAUGAGGAGUGCACUUUUGAAUUUCAGUUUGUGUGUAUGUUUGUUAUUUUGGAAGUUAAAUGAGAGUUUUAGGCUUUUAGCAGUGUGAAUGGGGUGCAGUAUGUUUGUUUUGUUUCCUUUAAUUGCUUUUGUUGCACUGAGAUACCUGCCGAGAUCAUUUAUAUUUAAAGAAGAUUACAUUUAUGGCCUGCACCUUUCUCUGUGCAACAUGUUGAAAGAAAUAAAACGUUUUUAAAACUCAUUCCACAAAAGAAGAGAGCCACUGCCAACAAAGGGCUGGGAUGAGAUCUUUGGCCAUUUUAGGUCCUUGGUAUCCCACUGCUUUGUGUACUACAAAACAAACCUAAACAUGAUUAUUAUUUACAAGUGAGACUUAAAACAAUUGUAUAUUCAUUGUACUGUGCCUUUCCUGACGUUGACCUGGGGGACAUGUAUUAACAGCCUUGUCUUGCCAACAUAUAUCUUUAUGGAUGAGAAGAUGUAGUUAUUUUGAUGAUAUAACAUGACAUAUCUUGUCUGCCCCUGCUAAGUAGCCUGCCCAUGCUGAAUGGAUUGCCCUUCACUAGUCAUUUUGAUUUGCACAGUCACUCAUUUCUUAAGUAGCCUAAUCAUGUUGAUGUAAAUUGUAUUACAUCGUCCAAAAAGGAAAUAAACACGUUUUAAAAAAGCACUCGGGCAUAUAAAAGAUUUUAAAAUAUUCCGUUGAUAAGUACAUGUCCAGAAGAUUGUCACCUGCUGCUAAGGCAUAAAUGAGUAGUGUGUGUGGUUGUCCACAGUCCUCUGUGGUUGAGAUUGAGUACGUGGUUCUUCCGAAAGUGACGUUGAAAUGCUUAUUCUUCAAUGAUUUUCCUUUUUUCUCAUUGGACUUGUUUUUAUAGAGCACUGAUGUUGGUAAACAUUUUCCUUGGAAUCAUGACUCAUAGAUCCCUUUGGUCAACUUUGACUACCAAGAUGUAUAGUUUGUAUUUUAUUUUCCACAACAAUGCUUUGCUCAAAGGAACUUGAUGAAUACACACUUGUGAAUUUUAAAAAAGCACUUACAUUGAGAGAUUAGGAAACUGAGGCUAAGGGGUCAGUUAGGUCCUGAUUGGUUUUGGCAGUUACCUUACUUGUUUACCUAAUUUCUUUGUCUUCACAGUGAAUGAACUUGGAAGCCCGUGGGGUUUAUAGCUCUUGAUUAGGGCCCCAGAGUUUUCUAUGGUCAAGCAAAACUACUGGCCCUACUUAUGACACAGAUGAAGUAUGACAGACUGGAAAAUCUGCCAUGGGAUUUCUUUAUAAAAUAAAUGAAACUUACCUCAAUUGUUUCUGGGGGGGAUAACGGUUUGGUGAAUGUUUAUUUCUUUUGGUGGUUAAUUUGACCUUUUAUGUUUUGACAGCGACAGCUCUGUAUCUUCACUAUUUGAUAUUUUAAUACAUUUUACCAAAAAAAGGACUGUGGCUUUGAAGUGGAGUACAAGAAAAUAUCAGAAAAGAUCUUAAACUAUUUAUUUACAGGGCAUAGUUGCAUUAAUGUUAAUCUGUACUGCUGUUCUAAAUGUAAUGCCUUAUGAACGGAUAUGUAAUUACUCUUCAAAUUAGAUCAUAUUUAGAAUGUAAAUAAAAAAUGGUUUGAUUAUUGAACUGAUGUGGAAGUUGUGCAUCGUUUCACACUAAUUCGAAGGGCAGGAUCUCUCCAGAUCUGUUGUUUCUCUUUAAAAAUCUGUCUAUUGUGCCUUACUCCCUGAGGUUCACUGUUUGAGGAUGUUGGCUCAACAUAGAUUUGAGGACAGAACACUUGGUCCAGGGUCAAUCUCAAGAAGAAGUAACAAAUGUAUAUGACAGAUAUUAGGAGGGGGGGGGCUUUAAUGAGUGUUAAUUAUAGCUGUUUCACAUCAGUCACCAAUCCGACACCUAGCUACAUUGACAUGACCUUGUCGUUCCACAAAUCAGGCUGAUGGCACAGCACAAAACUCUAGCUUCUGACUCAUCUCACAAUAGCUUCCAUUUACAAAUGUGCCUGUGACUUUACUCAUGUGUUAUGAUGCAAAAACAUUUUUUUCUGUAAACCAAAUGGCAUGUACACAAUAAUGUACAUUAACUGCCAAAGAUUGAAGUUUGAGAUGUUAUGAUCUAUGUAUGAUAUUACGGGUCUUUAUAAGAAUUAAUUCUGCCUGUCCCAGAGUAGGCAGAUGGCUUGUUCUAACAGAGCUAUAUUAAAGAGCUUGUCAACUGAAAUACUAGCAGAGAUGUCUGGGCUUUGGUAAGUGUGAAAAUGCCAAUUCAGUUAACCUAACCAGACAAGGAUAAUAGGACAGGAUGUCUCAUACUUGCCCUGGCAGUGACCAGUGCAGUUUCUCUUACAUGAAAUCCAUUUUGACCAGAAGGUAAGCAAAUCCUUGAAAAAAAGUAAAGGAGGUGAUCCUGGAUUUUAUUCUUUGGUGUACUACACUGGAUUGCCGUUAUGCUUUUAAAACCUGGUGCAUGUGGUAACAAUGUGGUCUGCUAAACCUUAAAAGUUUUCACAAAAAUCUAAAGGACAAAUGAGUAAAGCUUAUUUUGUAUUUCCCCUUAAGUCACCCCAGCUUCAGAGAAAAAUAUUUUGUUACUGAUGUGUGCUUGUGUUUGCCCUCGUUUCAAUGUUCCUUUCCCUUUCAAGGUUUCUUGAUUGCACUGUGUUUGUGUUCCCUUUGACUUGACUAUCUGCUCUGUUACCUUUACUCCUGCCCCUGUGAAUUGUGUGGAUUUGCUUGAACUGCAGAGCCUUUUUUCAUGUACCAUAAUGUAAUUAAGUAUUUGUGUAUCAAGAUUAAUCUACUGUAAAUUUUGUACUGUAUUGAAGGAGAGUAUUCCAAAUAAAUACACUUGACUGGC